GGAGCCAGCAAACUGGGAACAGAGAGCGGGUUCCCAGCUCUGCAAUCUGUGUUCAGACACACCGUCGUUCCGUUCCAGUCUUCAACUCCAGAGCAAAGCCCCCGCGCCCCGGACACGGGGGGAGACUCGGCAGCGGCUACUGACCCCCAGCCCGCGUGUGGCCAGACACCGAGAGGUGCAGACGCCGUCAGGGUCCGGCUGACGUCCCGCCUGAGGUGCUGGCUGCUCCUGGCUCAGACUCGAAGAUUGGAGGAAGCGGUUGAAUGAAGCCUCGGGGACGGUGCUGAACUUGGUGGGUGUGACGGCGGCCGCUGAUCUGAAAGUUGUAGCGCAGCAAGUUUGCGAGGAAGAAACAUGAGGUGCGCACUGGUCCGGAUGUUCGCUCUCCUGCUACUGGCCGAAGCCGUCCUGGCGGGUGGCAAAUCGUACUUGGGACCCUGUAAUGGCAGAGACUGUUCCGCAGGAUGCCAGUGUUUCCCGGAGAAAGGAGCAAGGGGCCGACCAGGAUCACCGGGGCAGAGAGGCCCCCAGGGACCCCAAGGACCCCGCGGCCGACAGGGAGAGGCUGGACACAAGGGAACGAAAGGGGACCGGGGUGAGGAGGGGUUUCCAGGACCACCUGGAGACAAGGGACCAAUGGGGGUGCCUGGAUUUGCCGGGAAUGACGGAAUUCCGGGUCACCCCGGGCAGCCGGGGCCAAGAGGACCUGCUGGACUAGAUGGCUGCAAUGGGACCAGGGGAGACAUGGGCAGACAAGGAAUACCGGGCAUACCAGCUCUGCCUGGACUACCUGGUUCUGACGGAGUGAAAGGACAGAAAGGUGAACCAUUCCUCGUUACAAUGGAUGGGAAAAGCAACAGGGGCCAUCCUGGUGCUCCCGGACUCCCUGGUCGGCCGGGUGAUGAAGGAGCCCCCGGCCAGCCUGGUUACAGAGGUGCCCGCGGAUAUACCGGGCUAAGGGGACCUCCUGGGCCUACAGGGGCUCGAGGACCAAAGGGAAACGACGCACUCGGCUUGAAGGGGCCAAAGGGGGACAAGGGUGAUCCAGGACUUCCGGGAGACCCUGGACCCCGGGCAACCUCAAAAACUCCGGGAAUUAUUUACUUGAAAGGAAACGCCGGAGAAAAGGGUGAAAAAGGAGAUGUAGGACACGAGGGAGAAAUUGGAAGUCCUGGGAGACCGGGAGAUCCAGGUCUAAAGGGCGAGAAAGGGGAAACGGGAGUGAUGGGGCUACCAGGACCGAGGGGCACCAGUGGUGUGGAUGGACCUCCAGGUCGUGAUGGGACAUCAGGUCUUCCAGGCAACCCCGGUAUUCCAGGAUCUCCCGGCUGGCCUGGACUGAAGGGCGACCGAGGAGACCCGGGUCUCCCUGGCGAAACCGUCAUUUUUAACAGAUCCAUUCCCAAAGGUCCGAAGGGCCUGCAGGGUCCAGAAGGAGAUCGAGGAGAUUGGGGAGACGUAGGACCCACUGGGCCUCGGGGGCCCCAGGGUCCUCCUGGUGCCACCAGCUUCUAUCGAGGCCGCCCUGGGGCUCCAGGGGCACCAGGGUUCAGAGGAUUUAAAGGAUACAAAGGAGAGAGUGGAGAGCCAGCUGCCUUUCCUGGACACAGCGGGUUUCCAGGUGCUUCGGGACCUCCGGGAAACCCUGGUCCCCCAGGUCCAGCGUCCUUUCCAGAGCUGAUUGGUGAUCCCGGGGAACCAGGAGACUCGGGCUACCCCGGUCAGAGGGGGCCGAGUGGAAGCAAAGGAGAAGCUGGACUCUGCGCCUGUACGACCAGGGACGUCGCGCCACGUGGACAUCCUGGUCUCAUUGGGCUUCCCGGAAUUCCUGGGAGAUAUGGAAGCAUAGGUCCACUGGGAGAUGAAGGACCUCCAGGAUUGUACGGAAUUCCCGGAUUUCCUGGUGAGCCUGGGAAUCCUGGUGCUCCUGGCCCAAAGGGGCAGAAGGGCGAAUCCAUCUUCAUCCCCACCAUCACCACCAAAGGUGCGAAGGGGGACGUGGGAGAACCUGGUCUGAGUGGGGCUCAUGGAAAACCCGGAACCCCAGGAAGGGAUGGAAGACCUGGCAAGCAAGGAGAACCAGGACUUCCUGGCGAAGCGCAGAGAGGACCCCCCGGUGACCCAGGGAUCCCAGGAGCCCAUGGCAGGAAAGGAUUCUCGGGACUCCCAGGCAAACCUGGGCAGGUGUUCCAAGGCCCCAUUGGGAGCCCGGGGCUGCCUGGAGACAUCGGAGUUGAAGGUGUCCCUGGAACUGAAGGUCAUCCGGGUGAAACAGGUGACCCAGCCGCUGAGUGCCCCACGGAGCCGGAAGCAUGGCGAAGAACAGGGGGUUACCCAGCAGGUGCUGGUUGUGGGAGCCCAGGACAACCAGGAGUGCCGGGAGAACCAGGAGUACCUGGAGAGACAGGUGAAAAAGGUCAGCAAGGAUUGCCAGGAACGUCCAGGCAAGGAUAUCCAGGGAGGAAAGGAUUCAUUGGAGCCCCAGGACCAGGAAUUCCAGGCCCAGAAGGAUUCGUCGGGGCGCAAGGCAGGAAGGGGGAGCGUGGUGUGGCGGGCCUGCCGGGGCUACCAGGACUGAAGGGCUGGCCUGGAGGGCAGGGUCAACCUGGUCUGAAGGGCUGGCAUGGGGACGUGAUCGGAGCAGAGCCAGGGUUUCCGGGAGAGCCCGGCUUCCAGGGAAAGCCCGGAGUGAAGGGAAUUCCUGGAGAUGAAGGCAUGAUUGGAUCCCCAGGAACGGAUGGAGCGCAGGGAGCACUGGGUCCCAAAGGGGAGCAAGGACACCCUGGACCAUCCGGACUUGCAGGAUUCCCAGGAGAAAAGGGGCUUCCUGGCACCUUUGGACGGCCAGGACUGCCUGGGUUACAGGGAAUUCCAGGGGUACCUGGAUUUAUGGGUCAACAGGGUCAGAAAGGAAGCCAAGGAGAUCUAGGUCCCCCUGGUCCAGCUGGGAUGAAAGGACUACCUGGUGUUCCUGGUGAGAUGGGUCCCCCCGGAGACCAAGGCUUUCCCGGGCCGAGCGCUCCGUAUGGUGCAGAUGGGCUGCCAGGACUCGAUGGGCUGAAGGGUGGGAGAGGCUCGUCGGGAAUCAUGGGCUUUCUUGGUGUCAAAGGCUUCAGAGGUCAACCUGGAAUCAAGGGUCGGAAGGGCGAAGUUGGAUUUUCUGGAAAGAAAGGAGUUGUAGGAGUCUCAGGACUGAAAGGACUGAAAGGUGACAGAGGAGAAAGGGGUCCCCCCGGCCCACCCCCACCCAUCGAACCGCACAUGAUGGAGAAAGUGAAGGGGGACAAGGGUGAUUCUGGUCUCUCUGGACAGCCUGGGUUCAUUGGCCCCAGAGGGAGUAAAGGAAUGCCUGGUUUCCCAGGCAGAGGAGGAAGACCUGGUAUUCCCGGAACUCCAGGACAAGAGAAAGGCAGGCCAGGAUUACCAGGACAACUGGGAGAACCUGGAAGUAAAGGAAUGCCAGGGAUCCCAGGCCCUCCGGGUAUCAGAGGCUUUCCUGGGAUGCCGGGUGAGAAGGGUUAUGUGGGCGUCCCCGGAUUACCUGGAAACCUGGGAGACCCUGGAACCACCGGACCUAAAGGUGAUGUGGGAGACACGAUCAACAUAAGCGGCCUGCCUGGGUACAAGGGUGAAACAGGGUCACCAGGGGUCAAAGGCCAACCCGGACAGCCAGGUCUCCCAGGGGAAGCUGGGAAGAGCGGAGAGGUCGGCGUCGAGGGAAUGAAGGGGGUGUACGGUGAUCCUGGCUUCCAAGGUCAACAGGGCUCUCCUGGAUCUCCGGGCUCGCCGGGUGACCCAGGGCUGAAGGGUCCGAAAGGAUCGUCCGGCCUUCCGGGAUUGCCGGGAUUCCCAGGAUUCCGAGGCACCAAAGGUUUCAGGGGCCCUGACGGUUUGCCAGGUUUAAACGGGUUAAUGGGAUCGAAAGGCUUCCUGGGGUCUCCAGGUGUGAGCGGGAAAGGAGUGGAAGGCCUUUCUGGGAAAGCAGGUGAAAAGGGAGAGAGGGGACCGCCGAGCACACAGCUGGGGGAUCCUGGUCAACCCGGAUCACCUGGAUCCAAGGGCGACUCUGGUCACCAAGGUCCUGUUGGCUCACCCGGACCUCCAGGGCCACCUGGGCCCCUAUUCCCUUCUGACAAGCCAGGAGCACCAGGAGACCCAGGACAGAAAGGGUUGCAUGGAGCCCCAGGUUAUCCUGGCCCACAGGGCUCACCUGGAAGAGCGGGCUACCCUGGGAUCAAGGGUGAGAGGGGAGACCAGGGAAACGCAGGAUAUUCUGGACCACAGGGACCCAGGGGUGAGGUGGGGAAGCCUGGUCUUCCCGGAAUCAACGGCAUUCCCGGCAACAAAGGAAACGAGGGUGACCAGGGGAUGAUGGGAUUCCCGGGGGCCAAGGGUCAGCCUGGAGAUCGGGGAGAUCGGGGAGCUCCUGGUGUGAAGGGAUUUUUUGGUCUGCCAGGUUCGAAGGGAUCACCUGGUCCUCAGGGUCCAAAACCUGAUUUUGGACAUUUCGAUGCACCCAGAGGUUCUCCUGGGCUGCCUGGGAGACCUGGACAAACUGGACCUAAGGGAGACACUGGUCCAAAAGGACCUCAUGGUGAUCGAGGUCCCAAGGGCCCAAAGGGUCAACAGGGAUUCCCAGGCCCCACCAACCUCCCUGGAAUGCCGGGCUUGCCUGGAGAAUCAGGAAUGAUGGGACAACGGGGUCCUCCGGGAGAUGAAGGCGCUGCAGGACCAACUGGUGUUCGUGGCAUGACAGGAAUGCCAGGCCGGAGUGUCAGUGUUGGAUACCUGCUGGUAAAGCACAGCCAGUCGGAGCAGGUGCCACCAUGUCCCCUGGGGAUGAACAGGCUGUGGGACGGGUACAGCCUUUUGUAUGUAGAAGGGCAGGAAAAAUCCCACAACCAGGACCUGGGACUGGCCGGCUCCUGCAUGCCUCGCUUCAGCACCAUGCCCUUCGUCUACUGCAACAUCAACGAGGUCUGCCACUUCGCCAGCCGGAACGACAAGUCCUACUGGCUGUCCACCAACGCUCCCAUCCCCAUGAUGCCCGUCGCCAAUGAAGAGAUCAGGCAGUACAUCAGCCGUUGCUCGGUGUGCGAGGCUCCCUCGCUCGCUGUGGCCGUCCACAGCCAGGACAUCACCAUCCCCAUGUGCCCGUUGGGCUGGCGCAGCCUGUGGAUCGGUUACUCCUUCCUCAUGCACACGGGUGCAGGCAGUGAAGGUGGCGGCCAGUCGCUGGUGUCGCCGGGGAGCUGCCUGGAGGACUUCCGCACCGCGCCCUUCGUGGAGUGCAGCGGGGCCCGGGGAGCCUGCCACUACUUUGCCAACGAGCACAGCUUCUGGCUGUCCACCAUCGAUCCCGAGCAGCAGUUCCAGGAGCAGCCAGAGCCUGACACCCUGAAGGCUGGACAGCUGCUGACGCGGGUGGGGAGGUGUCAGGUCUGCAUGAAGAACCUGUAACGGCACCGUCAGUAAUCUGCACCCCCCCCCCCCCAGCUGCCCGGCUCCAUUCCCAGCGGGUCUUCUCCUCAAAUUUACCCGGCCACCUGCUCCUCGUAACCACCACUCACUGGCCCAAUGCCCACUGACUGACCGCUCGCACCAGAUACCAGCCCUGAUACCACCCCCUCCUGGGGUCCACCGCCCAUCCCAGCACAUAUCCUCAGGCUGCGGCUCCUCCCUGGGCUGAGGGAGUGAUCACCCCACUACCCAAGGAGGGAGCCAGUGCCUCGUUUCCAGAGGAAGAGGAAAGGAACGUCUUACUGUCUGAGGAAAUGGAGGCUCGGAGUGAGGGAGUGCUGCACUGCCUGGAGGAGACAGAGGGGGCUCAAGAGCUGGCAUAGGUUGUUUGGGGGAGUGGGGGUGCAUUGAAGGCGGCUGCUGCACAGAGCCUGGGGUGAGGGUGGUUUUGAUGAUGCACCAGGUGCUCUCCCUGCCCAUUUCUGGGUCUGAGAUCCCUGCACCAAAGCAUCAGAAGUUCUCUCCAGCAUGUUAAAAAAAUAUAUUUAUUCUCUACCCGUAACUUUACAAGACCUUCCCCUGCUGUUUGUGGGAUCUUGCUGUCAGGCACUUCAUGCCCUGGCUGGCUGCACCGAGGGAGGUGAAGUUGCUGUGGUUCCUUGCUCCGGAUCGGCGUUCAGCAAGUGCUGGACCCUGAGGAUGGUCUGUGGGGACUAUAGCCCCCACCCUGAGCCCUGGCACAAGAUGCACAAUUCCAGAACUAAGGCACAUCUCUAUAUCCCCCCACCCCAGCAGGAAUCUCCAAAUGUUCUCACUGGCACAGGCUCUGGCAGGGAGCGCAGACCCACCACUGGGACACAGGAGAGAACACCUGAAGCCCUGCCCUAAAAACCUGCACAAAAUAUACAUCACAGCAGGAUUAGAGGCUUCAUCGAAAGGCUCACUAGUUACAUUGUUCCAGCAGGAAUUUCAUUCUCUGAAAUAAGGCAUUGGUUAUGGCUGAGGUUGUAAGACAGUCCUCACACUCCCCCACCUACGUUAGUCCUGGUAACAAUUUCUUUCAGGCAGGUGCCGUUGAAGUUUUGCUCCUGGAUUAAGGUUGUAGUUCAAUCCUGUAACAGAGGGAGCGGCACACCGUGGGGGGGGGGGGGGGGGAGCAAUACUGAGGGGGUGAGGAAUGGCACCGUGAGACUGUCACACAGUGGGAGGGCCUGUACCCUGAGUAUUGAGCUCCGCAUUACUGGAUGUGAAGAGCUAAACCAACCUAUUGGACUGUUGCACAACGUUCAGACGCUGUGACCCUGGACAAGAUUCCAAUCUCAACCAAAACCAAGCAUUACAGACUGUCUCUCCUCUGGGCAGCUGAGCGGGGAACGUUCCAUUUGCCGUCAGACCAACCCAACCGGCUACGGUGCAUUGUCCAAAGAUGCCGAUGGUGCUAUGUAAAUGUAAACCCUCUCCCUGGGCCCCUUUACAAUACAACUCAGUGUUUGUACUUGAAGCUGCGCAGGUUACUAGCUGCUUGACCGUGCUCAGUGCUCCAUAUCUCACCACUAAUUUAUCAAUGUUUGACAAAUGAUUUGCUAUAAUGUGUAAACACUGGUGAGCGAAAGGCUUAACGUAGUCAAAGGCAGUGCAAGAAGUAAACCAGGCACCCGACUGCAGGAACAGGGAGGCAAUGUGCCCUCCAGCAGCUGUGAAAUCUGCACUGUGCCAGUGUAAGGGUGCCACCACACUGCGCCAGUGUAAGGGUGCCACCACACUGCGCCAGUGUAAGGGUGCCACCACACUGCGCCAGUGUAAGGGUGCCACCACACUGCGCCAGUGUAAGGGUGCCACCACACUGCGCCAGUGUAAGGGUGCCACCACACUGCGCCAGUGUAAGGGUGCCACCACACUGCGCCAGUGUAAGGGUGCCACCACACUGCGCCAGUGUAAGGGUGCCACCACACUGCGCCAGUGUAAGGGUGCCACCACACUGCGCCAGUGUAAGGGUGCCACCACACUGUGCCAGUGGAGGCGUACUGCUGACGAUGCAGACUGAGCGGCCUGCUCUGAGGGGCUUGUACCCACGUGCAGUGAAGGGCUUACUGCAUCCGACUCUGCAAACACAACCAGAUGGCUGUUCCUAUACACUAGGGCAUAACUAAACAGAGACCAUGCUUGUUUACACUGCAAUUAACAUGUACAAAAGCUGCCUUCUUAUCUGUACUGUAUGACAUGAAGCUCCCAAUUGAUGUAAUUAUACAGAUUAAAAGUAUUUUACCAGA